AUGGCAUGUGUUAACGAACCCGACUGCAAAGCCAUCACCAGGAACUCAGACAACUAUUGUUGGCUGAAGAACAAGCGAGGAGGACGGUCUGGACCCUCACCCAAUGAUGAUUUAAUCAGUAUGAACAUCGACUGUGCUCCAAAACCAGGCUUUGUAGCUUCCGACAGAUCAUGUGCCAUGGACGGUUUUGACUUCUUGGGUGCAACUUUCAGGAACUUCAGAGCUGAGAGCUAUGAGGCCUGUGCCACAGCGUGUAGUGAUACAGCUGAUUGCCAAUCAUACACUCUGAGAAAGUCAGACAACUACUGCUGGUUGAAGAGGAAGAGAGGAGGGGAGACUGGACCCUCUCCAAACAACGCCCUGAUCAGUAGGAAUAUGGAGUGUGAAACUCAGGAGCUCAACAAAGACUGUUUAAGAGACGGCAAAGAUUUCAUUGGAGCGCACUUGAGAAACUUCAGAGCCGCCAGCUUUGAUCGGUGUGCUCGUUCCUACAGGAUGGCUCAGGAUUGUCAGUCCUUCACACUUCAAAAAUCUGACAACAACUGCUGGUUGAAGACGAAGAGAGGUGGACAGAGCGGACCCUCACCAAAUGUUGAUUUAGUCAGCAUGAAUAUCGACUGUUCCCCUGAAUUUGAGGCCACAGACAAUAGAUGUGCCAUGGACGGAUUUAAUUUCUGGGGUGCAGAUUUGAGAAACUUCCCAUCUAAUGGAUAUGUGGAUUGUCACACGAGCUGCUUUGACGCUGCUGACUGCGUCUCCUUCACUCUGAGAAAGUCUGAUAACCACUGCUGGCUGAAGACUAAGGCGGGAGGACAAAACGGUCCCGGAGCUAACAGUGGUUUAAUCAGCGCAAACAUGAGUUGUUAA